AUGAGCUGGUUGACGACGCUGUCGGGGUACCUUACCCCGGCAUUCCUAAUACUGUCGCCAGUUCUCUCGUACAGCGACCAAGCCUACUCGAUGCAUCGGACGAGGUCCAGCGCCGGCUUCUCUCUGGACAUCCCCCUUAUCAUGCUUGUCGCAUCGUUGCUCAGGAAUAUUCUACUACCCCGGUGCGAAAUACGACAGUGCGCUUCUCGUCCAGUCUUGCGUCAUGGUUGCCAUGCAGUUCUCGAACUGCUGCUGGCACCCGUUCCCUGGGUGUACCAAUCGUAUUCGUCUAUGAUUGGGGUCAUUGGUCUCUCCGUUGAGGCAACGCUACCUAUUCCGCAAAUCUUGGCGAAUAUACGAUCUCGGUCCUGCAAGGGAUUCCGAGUCUCAGUGCUGGCCAGCUGGCUGAUUGGUGACAGCAUGAAGAUGUUCUGGUUCUUCACUUCCUCAACGUCGAUCCCCCCGGCGUUCAAGAUUUGCGGCAUGUUCCAGGCUGCAUGCGACUCGUUCCUAGGCGUGCAAUAUAUGAUGUACGGUGACGGCGGGCCAACUGCGAAGGAGCCUCUGAGCGCCAACUGGCAACAUGAGCUGCAGCCGAACGGUUUUACCACGGCAAGUGGCCAUAGCAACGUGCCAGGCCGGAGGACAUCAACGACAGAGAAGACGAUAUGA